ACAUCGGGCCCAGUCCUGCCCCAGCUCCCCUCAUUUGGGGUCACUCAGUCCUGCCAAAGCCCUCCCACCCAGGGUCGGGGGGCACCAGGCCCUGCCCCACUGAAGUCUCCCCCCCCACACACACACAUUUUGGGACAUGAGGCCCAGGGAGGGCGGCAAAGGCGAAGGGCUGGAGCAGCCCCACAGCACCGUCACGGCGAGCGCGGCUUCACCCGGCCUCUCCGCCGUCCCGUAGGCCGAGGCACGCUCUCCGACGAGCACGCCGGCGUCAUCUCCGUCCUCGCCCAGCAGGCAGCCAAGCUCACCUCCGACCCGACCGAUACGCCCGUGGUGUGCCUGGAGUCGGACAGCGGGAAUAUCAUGAUCCAGAAGCACGACAGCAUCACUGUAGCAGUGCACAAGCUGGCAUCCUGACCUCUCGGGAACCUGUGCAGCGCUCCCACCUCCAAACCAGCUCUUCCUCACUGGACAACCACUCUCCUCUGCUGCUCCAAUGCAGAACGUGCUUGUAGGAACCAAAUCUGGCCUGAAGGCUCUUCCUCUUUACUUAACAGCUCCUGUGCAGCUAUCGGGUUCUUCAACUCGCAUUCUAGCGGUCAUGCUGCCAAGAAUGAAAUGUGGGUCACCGGCCAAGCUUGUGUAAUGAUCAGACAAUACGAGGUGUGCGCGUGUGUGUGUGUGGCCUUAUUUGUUAGAGAAAUCAAUAAAUGACCUGCAAAAACCUGCA